GGCUCCCGCCUUUUAAUCUCUCUAAAGUUUAAUCCUUAACAUUAAAAAAGAAAAGUAACUUUAUUUCCACUUUCAAUGCAAUUUUUCUUUAUAAUUCUCCAUGAAGAAAUACAAAUGUGAAACAGCAAUUGAACCGUUAAAUCGGGAUCACAGUUCUCUUCCCCGCGCAUUUUAACUGUCCGAUUACAAUGUCUUGGGGACUAGGAUGGAAACGUCCUUCGGAGACCUUCCGUUUAUCUCUAAACUACGGAUACGAAGAAUCGACGGAAAAACCUCACCGCAAACCCUCGUCACCGGUUAUGACUUCCUCUUCUUCCUCCUCCGCAUUGUUAGCGUCUUCAGACCUGCAAGACCUCGGCUCCAGGAUCGAUCUGGAUUGGGUGUCGGGAGAUGACGACGACCAGGUGGCGCUAAGGCUGCAAUCUCAGCUGAUGGUGGCGCUUCCAGCGCCUCAAGAUGCGGUGGCGAUUGAAUUGAGAGAGACGGCAGAAAAUGUUGUGAGGGUCGAGAUGAAGGUGGAGAAGAAAAGGGAGCCCUUACGAGCGGUUACAAUGUUUAAGGCUGGCGGGUCGGGUCAGCAGAGUGAUGGAGUUGGAGUCCUGGCUCGAUUGUUAAGGUCAGAUUUGGUUCUUUCUGGUGACGGGAGUCCCACCGGAUAUGAUGACCAUUGGAGAAGUGUAACUUUGCUUAGCCUCUGUGGCUGUGGUUUAACGACACUGCCUAUCGAGUUAACUCGUUUGCCAGUUCUUGAGAAAAUAUACCUUGAUAACAACAAGCUAUCACAGUUACCAAAUGAGCUUGGUGAAUUAAAAACCUUAAAAGUUCUUAGGGUCGACAACAACAUGCUUGUUUCGGUUCCUGUAGAGUUGAAACAGUGCAUCGGACUGGUGGAAAUAUCAUUCGAGCAUAACAAACUUGUUCGGCCUCUUCUUGACUUCAGGGAUAUGGCUGAGUUACAAAUUCUGAGGUUAUUUGGUAAUCCACUAGAAUUCCUUCCUGAGAUUUUGCCUUUAAGGAAGCUCCGUCACUUGUCUCUUGCCAAUAUUAGGAUUGUGGCUGAUGAAAAUCUAAAAUCGGUGACUGUGCAAAUAGAGAUGGAGAAUAUUUCUUAUUUUGGUGCGUCUAGACACAAGCUCAGUGCCUUUUUCUCUCUCAUAUUCCGUUUCUCCUCUUGUCAUCACCCUUUGCUUGCCUCUGCACUGGCCAAGAUAAUAAUGCAAAACCAGGGGAAUCGUGUAGUUGUUGGUAAAGAUGAGAAUGCAUUGCAGCAGCUCAUAAGCAUGAUAAGUAGUGACAACCGCCAUGUGGUCAAACAAGCCUGCUCUGCUUUAUCAACUCUUGCUGGGGAUGUUUCUGUGGCCAUACAAUUGAUGAAAUGUGACAUCAUGCAACGCAUAAAAAAUGUUAUGAAGUCUCCUGCCCCAGAAAAACUGAUUUCUGUGCUGCAAGUUGUGGUCACACUGGCCUUUGGAUCUGAUACUGUAGCUCAGAAGAUGCUAAACAAGGAUGUUUUGAGAUCAUUAAAAUUAUUGUGCGCCCAUAAAAACCCAGAGGUGCAAAGGCUUGCUUUGGUAGCUGUAGGAAAUUUGGCCUUCUGUCUGGAGAACCGCCACAUUCUUGUCACCUCUGAAAGUCUGAGGGAACUUCUCAUGCGCUUGACUUUUACACCUGAACCACUUGUUAAUAAAGCUGCAGCUCGUGCUUUGGCAAUUCUUGGAGAGAAUGAAAGUUUGCGACGUGCUAUUAGAGGGAGACAAAUACCAAAACAAGGCCUACGCAUACUCUCAAUGGAUGGAGGUGGCAUGAAAGGUCUUGCAACUGUGCAGAUCCUUAAAGAAAUUGAGAAGGGAACUGGAAAGCGGAUACAUGAGCUAUUUGACCUUAUAUGUGGAACAUCGACAGGUGGUAUGCUUGCUGUUGCCCUUGGUAUUAAGUUGAUGACCUUGGAGCAGUGUGAAGAGAUUUACAAAAAGCUUGGAAAACUUGUUUUUGCUGAACCUAUGCCAAAUAACGAAUCAGCAACUUGGAGGGAAAAGUUUGAUCAGCUUUAUAAAAGUUCAUCACAGAGUUUCAGAGUUGUUGUACACGGAUCUAAACACAGUGCAGAUCAGUUUGAGAAGUUGCUAAGGGAAAUGUGUGCUGAUGAGGAUGGCGACCUACUAAUUGAAUCUGCUGUGAAAAACAUUCCAAAAGUUUUUAUUGUGUCAACUUUGGUGAGCGUGGCACCAGCUCAGCCUUUUUUAUUCCGCAAUUAUCAGUACCCUGUGGGAACACCUGAAGUGCCUCUUGCAAUAUCUGAAAGUUCAGGAAUCACCAUUCUAGGGUCUCCAACUACAGGUUCUCAAAUUGGCUACAAACAAAGUGCUUUUAUGGGAAGUUGUAAACACCAUGUGUGGCAAGCUAUAAGAGCAUCUUCUGCUGCCCCAUAUUAUCUUGAUGACUUCUCUGAUGAUGUGUACCGUUGGCAAGAUGGUGCUAUAGUGGCAAACAAUCCAACUGUCUUUUCCUUAAGAGAAGCACAACUUUUGUGGCCUGAUACAAAAAUUGAUUGUAUAGUUUCAAUUGGUUGUUGUUCUCUGCCUAUUAAGGCACGAAAAGGUGGUUGGCGUUAUCUAGAUACCGGACAAGUGUUGAUUGAGAGUGCAUGCUCUGUGGAUAGAGCUGAGGAAGCUUUGAGCAUACUGUUGCCUAUGCUCCCUGAGAUCCAAUACUUUCGGUUUAAUCCAGUUGAUGAACGUUGUGACAUGGAGCUGGAUGAGACUGAUCCAACAGUUUGGCUGAAACUGGAAGCUGCUGUAGAUGACUACAUCCAAAACAAUUCAGAUUCCUUAAAGAACGCAUGUGAAAGGCUUCUUCUACCCUUUAUACAUGAUGAGAAGUGGGCAGACAGUUUGAAAUCUCCACAUUUUAUGAAGGCAAAGGCAACAAAUUCAGUUCUAGGUGAAAGUAGCCCUUCAUUAGGUUGGAGGCGAAAUAUACUGCUUGUUGAAGCUUUGAAUAGUCCUGAUUCGGGAAGAAUUGUGCACCAUGCUCGGGCACUUGAGUCAUUUUGUUCAAGAAAUGGAAUAAGAUUAUCUCUUUUGCAUGACAUAUCUGGAAUUUCAAAGGCGGUACUGGAAAAAAGAUUUCCAACAUCGUUUACCUCUCAUCUGAUCACUGAAAGUUAUCCCUCAAGCCCUCUUGUUUUCAGUCCUGAUGUUGGCUCGCAAAGGCUUUGCCGAAUUGACAUAGUCCCACCUUUAAGCUUGGAUGGAUCUGGAAAAACAGUUACUUCACCCCCAGAACUCUCUCCUGAACCCAGGCAGCUUUCUUUACCCGUACAGUCAUUACACGAGAAGUUACAGAAUCUACCACAAGUGGGCAUUAUACAUAUGGCACUUCAAAAUGACUCCAUUGGCUCAAUAUUAAGUUGGCAGAAGGAUGUGUUUGUCGUGGCUGAACCUGGAGAACUGGCUGAUAAGUUUCUACAAAGUGUCAAGGAUACAAUGUCCUCUGUGAUGCAGAACCAGAACCGGAAGGGUGCAUUACCUUUUGCUAAUAUUGCUGAUUUGGUUCACUGCAGACCAUACUUCCAAGUUGGAAAUAUUGUCCACAGAUAUGUUGGACACCAAACCCGAGUCAUGGAAAAUGAUAAAGAAAUCAGGGCAUACAUGUUUUGUCGUAACAUACCUUCUUUGCACAUAAUACCUGAAGAUGUUCGUUCCACGGUUGGAGCUUGGAGGGACAGGAUCAUAAUCUUCACCGGGACUCAUGGUCCCACUGCAAAUUUGAUUGAGGCCUUUCUGGAUUCUGGGGCAAAAGCUGUUAUAUGCCCCAUUGCUGAGCCCCAAGAUGUGUCAGUGACAACAGUUACUGGAUCAGGAAAGUAUAACACCCCCGAAAACGGAGGGUUCAAGAUUGGUGCAGAAGAUAUAGAAGGUGAAGAGGCUGAACGUAUCAGUCCAGCAAGCGAUAGGGAAGACAACGACUCGGAGAAGAAUGGAAACCACCAAACUAGCGGUUUCCGGGACGAAGAAGAAGAGGAACUAUCAGAGUUUGUAUGUCAGUUUUAUGACUUGGUACUGCGUGAAGGAGCAAGCGUGGAUGCUGCCCUGAAAAAUGCUCUUGCCUCCCAUCGGAAGCUGAGGUAUUCCUGUCACCUUCCGCGUGAAAAUGAGCUUGUCAGAUGAGGCAGAGAGAGAGAGAGAGAAAAUAGAAAAUAUCAAGUGCAUGACUAACUCCUAAAUUUAUUUUCUAUCAUUCAUUAUAGGUUAAAAUAUACUCCUAGUUCGUUCCUAUAUUUUUCAUGGUUUGAGAAUUUAGUUUUAUUUUUUUAUUUUAUUUAAAAAUUCAUAUCCAAUAGAUAGCUCUGUUAAAUUUUUCUGCUGA